CUGGGAGAAGCCGGCGCGGUUGUGUGACGUCACGUCGUGCGGCCAGGCGAAGCGGUGCGGUAGGUGAUACCCUGGGGUCUCGGCGCGGUCGCCAUGGGUCCGCGGGUGCAGCUCCCGCCAGAAAUCCAGCUGGCGCAGCGCCUGGCAGGGAACGAGCAGGUGACCCGAGACCGGGCGGUGAGGAAACUCCGGAAAUACAUUGUCGCCAGGACUCAGCGGGCCGAAGGUGGUUUCACGCAUGACGAGCUGCUGAAGGUGUGGAAAGGACUGUUCUAUUGUAUGUGGAUGCAGGACAAGCCACUCCUCCAGGAGGAGCUUGGCAGGACCAUUUCCCAGCUCAUCCACGCUUUCCAGACCACAGAGGCACAGCACCUGUUCCUUCAGACAUUCUGGCAAACCAUGAACCGCGAGUGGAUGGGCAUCGAUAGGCUGCGCCUGGACAAGUUCUACGUGCUCAUGCGGAUGGUCCUGCACGAGUCACUGAAGGCCCUGAAGACGCGCGGAUGGGACGAGAGACAGACCGAGCAGCUGCUGGAGCUUCUGAUGACAGAGAUCCUGCACCCCGACAGCCAGGCCCCCAACGGAGUGAAGAGCCACUUCAUCGAGAUCUUCCUGGAGGAGCUGACCAAAGUGGGCGCCCGCGAGCUGACGGCGGACCAGAACCUCAGGUUCAUUGGGCCCUUCUGCACGGUCGCCGCCCGGACUCAGGACUCCCUGGUUUUGCACAACAUCACUCGAGGCGUCUUCGAGGCGAUUGUGGAACAGGCCCCGCUGGCCAUCGAGGAGCUCAUGAAUGAACUGGAGGAGGAGGAGGAGGAGCGGGACGGGGACACGCCGUCCAGGGAGCCCCCUGAGGGCUCCGUCAGUGGGGCUGAGCCCGACCCGGGCAAGGAGCAGGCGGGAGACGACGAGGAGGAGGAGGAGGACAGCGCCGGCACCGUCCUCCAGUUCGACUACGAGGCCGUUGCCAACAGACUGUUCGAGAUGGCCAGUCGCCAGGACACCCCUCCGCAGAACCGGAAGCGCCUCUACAAAGUGAUCCGGAAGUUGCAGGCCCUCUCGGAAGGCCUCUUCCCCGAGGACGACAUCCCAGAAAAAGCCUACAGGAAUCCGCGGGGUGGGAGACGGGUGAGGAUGAAGAAGCGCUUGUUCGAAUCCCAGCUGCAGAACAAGAUAGGGAGAGCCGCAGAGGAGGCCUCGUGUCCAGACUCGAGCCCGGCAUCCGGGAGGCGGCGCCGGAGCGCAGGGGCUGACCCCGCCGUGCCCCGGGAGCAGCCCGGGGGCCGUGGCAGGAGAGGGGCCCCCAGGAGGCGGCGGCGGCCUUGGGCGGGGGCCAGAGCGAAGGCGGCCGAUGGCCAGGCGCCAAAGGCGAAAAGGAAGCGGACCCUGGAGGGCCAGAAGUGACGUCCACCAGGCGCUCCGGGGAGGAUGACGGGACAGGACAGGCUGGGUUCCCGAGACUCUGGACACCGACUGCUCCCCGACUACUGCGUCGGGAAGUGGCAGAGGUCAGGACUAAAGGGGGUUGGGCCCUCACUUAGCGCCUGCGUCCCAGAAAGUGCUGCGGCUGUGCUGACCUCGGUCAGGCCGGCGGACCCCCGGGACUGGAGCCUCCCUGCAGGCACCCUCCCUGGGCAGGGGACCGGCUGCCCGCCGGGCGUCUGUAAAUAAAGUGCCACGCGGUACCUACAAA